GUGGGUGAAGAGCGACACGCUGGGCUUGCUGAGGGAUCGCGGUGGCAAGCUGAUCGUCACACGCCCGGCCAGGGAAUACCCAAAUGUGGCAAAGAUCAUCGCGCGCUGGCUGCACGGCAAGCUCCCCAAAGAGGCGAAGCACUUCAAGUUCACGAGCCUGAACUUGAACUGCAACUAUGCAGCGCGGCGGCACCGAGAUGGAAACAAUUUCGGCCCUUCGAUGAUCAAGGCUUUUGGAGACUACAAGGGCGGAGAGCUGUCGGUAUGGCCGGAGGACGACAAGUCAACGAAUCUCAAGGCACUUCCCUACGACAAGAAGGUCACGUUGGACAUCUCGAAGAACCUGGCGCUGUUUAACGGGAACACGGCCCAUGAGGUGGAGGACUUCGAAGGCAACCGCUUCUCGGUCGUGUACUUCACGGCAGGCUGCCAUCCGAAGAUGCCGGAUGAUGUGCGCAAGCAGUUGGCACAGCUCGACUUCAUGCUGCCCAAGAAGGAUGAAAACCGCUACUCGGUCCUCCGUGCGCCGACAGGAUAUUUCACCAAGACCAAGGGGAAGGGCCCUUCGCUGAGAAGCUGGCAUGUGAAGUGA